AUGCUUUGUCGUCUCUUUUCAUGGCUUUUCAUAUUAACGGUCCUCGUGUCUUGCUCACGUGUGCUUGCUGACGAAGAUAGUAAAGUUUUAGACUUGACACCGGAAACUUUCGACAAUGAAGUUGGUCAAGAUAAAUAUGCUUUCGUAGAGUUUUUUGCCCCGUGGUGUGGUCACUGUAAGAACCUUGCUCCCAUUUGGGAACAACUUGGCGAAGCAUUUGCAAGUGCCAAAGAUCGUGUCGUUAUAGCUAAAGUAGACGCAGAUAAUCACCGUGAUUUGGGGAGUAAAUUUGGCGUCAGUGGAUAUCCCACAUUGAAAUGGUUUGAUAAAGGUUCCGAUAAACCUGAAGAUUAUUCGGGUGGACGUGAUUUUGAUAGUUUAGCUGCGUAUGUUGAGAAAAAAACUGGAAUUCGUCCAUCGAUAAAGAAACCAGUCCCAGCGGUAACAAUACUCACCUCUGAGACGUUUAACGAAAUUGCUCUGGAUCCGAAAAAGAAUGCAUUGGUUGAAUUCUAUGCUCCCUGGUGUGGCCACUGCAAAACUUUAGCCCCAAUCUACGAGAAAGUGGCGUCAUAUUAUUCACAAGAACCCGAGUGCAUCGUAGCAAACCUCGACGCUACAGAGCACAAAGACAUUGCGGGGAAAUACGAUGUAAAAGGCUACCCAACCAUCAAAUAUUUCGCCAAAGGAGAGGACAAGACCCCGAUUGACUAUGAAGGUGGACGUACAGAACAAGAUUUUGUCACGUUUUUAAAUAAGCAUUGUGGGACUGAUCGUGUUGUCGGGGGUGCACUGUCCGAUAAAGCUGGCAAAAUUCCUGAGCUGGAUGAAUACGCACAAAAAUUCAUUAUUGCGUCCAAAGAAAAUAUCGAUACCGUUAUUGAAGAAGCACGAAAAAUUGCAAAUAAAUUGGAUACUCGGUUUUCAAAAUAUUAUAUCAAGGUGAUGGAAAAAUUAAAGGAGAGACAAGAUUACGUCACUAAAGAAAUUGAACGCCUCGAAAAAAUCGUAAAGUCGGGGACAAUAUCAAAUAACAAAAAAGACGAUUUCACUAUUCGUAAAAAUAUUCUUGUUAGCUUCCAAAUUAAAGAAACUGAUUCUAUUAUUGAUGAUGCUGACACUAAUACCACAGAUAAGAUCACAACCGACGAUGCUAAACACGAGGAAUUAUAA